GCAAAACAGGCCCAACAGUCUCACAAAGUUAUUUGUUUGCUCUUUACAGUGAUGUUCUGGCACUGCCUAUUUUCAAACAGGAAGAUUCCAGCCUUCCACAAGAAAAUGAGACCAAACAUCCACCCUUCCAGUAUGUUAUGUGCGCUGCGACAUCUCCAGCAGUAAAAUUAUACGAUGAAACUCUUACAUACUUGAAUCAAGGUCAAUCCUAUGAAAUACGGAUGCUAGAUAAUCGGAAAGCUGGAGACAUACCAGAGAUCAAUGGAAAACUGGUGAAGAGUAUUAUAAGAGUUGUGUUUCAUGAUAGAAGGUUGCAAUAUACAGAGCACCAGCAGCUGGAAGGUUGGAAGUGGAACCGCCCUGGGGACAGACUUCUUGACUUAGAUAUUCCAAUGUCCGUUGGAGUCAUUGAUAUCAAGACAAAUCCAAGCCAACUCAAUGCAGUUGAAUUUUUGUGGGAUCCAACAAAAUGUACAUCUGCUUUUAUUCAGGUACAUUGUAUCAGCACUGAAUUUACCCCUCGCAAACACGGUGGAGAGAAGGGCGUUCCUUUUAGGAUUCAGGUUGACACUUUUAAACAGACUGAAAAUGGAGAAUAUACCGAUCAUCUGCAUUCAGCCAGUUGUCAAAUCAAAGUUUUUAAGCCAAAAGGAGCAGACAGGAAACAGAAAACAGACAGAGAAAAGAUGGAAAAGCGAACCGCACAUGAAAAAGAAAAGUAUCAGCCUUCAUAUGACACCACAGUUCUCACAGAGAUGAGGCUUGAGCCUAUAAUUGAAGAUGCAGUUGAACAUGAGCAGAAAAAGUCCAGCAAGCGGACUUUGCCAGCAGACUGCGGUGAUUCUCUGGCAAAGCGAGGCAGUUGCUCACCAUGGCCUGAUACUCCCACAACAUUUGUAAACAACAGUCCUACUCCUGCGCCGACUUUUACCUCUGCUCAGCAUAACACCUACAGUGUCCCUGACAGCAAUUCUUCCUCCCCCAAUCAUCAAGGAGAUGGAACCUCUCAAGGGUGUGGAGAUCAGCUUCAUCCUUCAGCCACAAUCCAGGAAACUCAGCAGUGGUUGCUCAAGCAUAGGUUCUCUACCUAUACAAGGCUUUUUUCAAAUUUCUCAGGUGCUGAUUUAUUAAAGCUGACACGAGAAGAUCUGGUACAAAUCUGUGGUCCAGCUGAUGGAAUUCGGCUGUAUAAUGCACUGAAAUCCAGGUCUGUCAGGCCCCGCUUAACCAUCUACGUCUGUCAGGAGCCACUGAGGAGCAUCCAACUGGAAAGACAAGAGGCCGGCAACAGCGACAGCAGCAACGGUGCAAUAUACGUGUAUCAUGCAAUCUACUUGGAAGAAAUGGCAGCCUCAGAAGUCACGCGCAAGCUUGCGUUGGCAUUUAAUAUUCCUUUGCAUCAGAUCAACCAGGUUUAUCGACAAGGUCCCACAGGUAUCCACAUCCUUGUCAGUGAUCAGAUGGUUCAAAACUUUCAAGAUGAGAGUUGCUUCUUAUUCACCACAAUAAAAGCUGAAAAUGGUGAAGGCUUCCAUAUAAUUUUGAAGUGAUGCCACACGCCUGCUAGACUGAUACUCCGGCGCAGAACGAAGUCCUGCCUAAAGAGCAUGAAGAUCAUCUGAAAACCUUAGGAUCUAACUUCACCGUAUAAGAUGUUUCAUAUUGAAAACACAAAAUGACCUUUCUUAAUGAGCUGUUUGAUAGGUGAACUUUCUUAUCACUGCCAUAGCAAAGUGUCCUCAUGCAAGGCGUGAUGCCGCAACGGCUGACGGACGGGCGCAGAAGAUGACGUAAGUGAAGGUGCUUGCCCUUCACCAAAAUCAGGCGAAUUACGGCCAGUAGAUACAGUUUCUAGAAGCGAAGCUGUAUGUAUCCAGUUGGAGAUGAAUGUAAACUUAAUUGGGGGCAUUUACCUUUUCUGUGACAGUUUGUCACUUUACUUGCUUGUAC